CCGGACUCUUUAACGCCACGGACCGAACCCGGAAAAGCCCCAACUUUAGACAUGCUACUUCCGCCCGACUUGCGGCUUUAAGUCGUCAUCAAAAGUCAUGUUUACUCUGAAAAGUCUGCAGAAGAGCAGGACUUUUAAAUACGGAAUACCCAUGCUCCUGCUGGUGGUCGGAGGUUCUUUUGGCCUGCGGGAGUUUACGCAGAUUCGAUAUGAUGCCCAGAAGAUCAAUAGAAAGUUGGAUCCUUCACUGGAGGCCCGAGUGAGUAAGCAGGACCAGUCGCGUGUCUUGGAGAAUGAGUAUGAGAAGAUGAAGGGGGCCAAUUUGGACGAGUGGAAGAACAUCCGGGGCCCUCGGCCCUGGGAGAACUCCAAGGAUUUCCAGGAGCAGCAGCGCAAGACGCAAAGAUAGGAUCCCACAAACCAAGACCUGAGGACUCAUUCCUGGACUCCUGACGGACAUUCUCUGAGGACGCUCUGGGGGACAACAUUUGUAGGACACAAAUGGUAAAUAACUAAAGAUUAGGGAUAUCCCGAUCCAGGUUUUUGCACUUCCGAUCCGAUACCGAUACCGGCUGAUACUGGCCUAGCCGAGCAUGUAUUAAAGUUCAAAGUUAUUUAGCCUACUUUGUUGUCAGAUUCAUGCUGAAAAGGAUUUUAGUACUCUUGAUAACAACUAGCCAGCUGAGUUUGAAUAAUACACAAUAGUUGGUAUUCAAGGAUAAACACAAAAUAUCAAAAAUUAUACAUGACAAACAGAAAUGGCAUCAUUAAACAGUAAAAAAGUGAACAGUAUAAAGUGCAAAUAAUGCUGUAAACAUUAAAAAAAAGCAAAACACAAACAACCUGAGUGGGAUAAAAUAUCUAUAACUCAGUAUCAAUACUUGCUCUUGAACAAGUGUAAACUUUAAAAAAAAAUAAAAAUCUACACUCUCCCUUCAAUUGUUUGCCACAGUCGGGGGGGGGGGCAAACAAUUGAAGUCCAAGCAUAAUGGGGAGAUUCUUUCUAACAUAGGCGGGCACUUCAAGAUGCUCAGGUGUCAGCCUGCUCCUGUGGUCAUCAAUGAUGAGUGCUAAAAAGUCUCUCACUCUCAAAAGUCAUUAAAAUGUCUUACAACUUUACCACCACGCUUGACUUUACUAUGGCAUGUUUUGCACUCCACCUCUUCAUCUCAUUCGUUUUGUAGGAUAAAAUAAUCCCACACAGCUGACAUUUUUACCAUAACUUUUAAUUCACACGGCCGUCUGGACGGUUAGAACGCAGACCUGUGGAUGUUUUGAAGGUGUGCUGGAAAAUGCCGAACGGAGUUUAGGGAGCAGCAGAAGAGUGGAAUGUAUUAUUUAAAUUGGUGCGUGGAAAAACACGGACCGGAGUUGUUUUUUUUUAAAACUGGAUCUGGAUCGGCAUUUUCUCAUGCCUUGCCAAUACGCAUUUUUUGGCAAAUAUCAGAUCGGAUCGGACAACCCUACUAGAGAUAAAAGUAGAUACAUCAGCGUCUACCUGGUGGCUAUCUUAGGAAGAGUUACUUUUAUAUUGUAAAUACAUCUUAUCAUGCUUAUUACUUUCAUGCACUUUAAUUUAUUGUCAAUCCAGAAACAUGUGCUUUUAAUUAGAGGUUUCCUGGUACAAUAUCAAUAAAUGUCUGAUAUCCACAACAAAAAAACAAGUAUAUCGUACACCGUGUAGAAUGUCUGAUGCCAGCUGUCCUGCAGCGUGUUGACUUGCUGGCCAGGCAGUCCAUCUUUUCUUCCACUGUAGUCAAGUCUUUUACAGAAAAUAAAUAUGGUAGCCAACAAUCUACUUGGAGCUAACGGCUGCACAACAGCAAAGCACACAAGCUAGCUAUUGAUUGCACAUCAUUUGUAGUCUAAAAGAAUUCAUUUGUUAACUUUAGCAAAUAUAAAAUAUUUCUAGUUGCAUAUCACUUACACACAAAGUCUUGAAGGCAGAAGCAUAGUAGAAAGUAUCCAGUAACAAAUGUGUCCACAUAUUUCAAGUUACUGCGUCAUGAGCUUUUUCUGAUUGUGACCAUCAGGUGUUGACAAAACUAUUCCCACUCCAGACAGAUAAAUUAAUCUUUUUUUUUCUUACCAACCAUUUUUCUCUGCUUGACAAAUUUCACUCAAACAAACCUUUUGUAACAUUCCACUCUCCAAUAUGAUGUUAGUAUUUCUAAUGGUGAUUAUUGAUCAUAUUGGAUCAAUAUCAGUAUGCAUAGGACAAUUCUCAAGGCUCCACUAUCAUUGUUGUACUGGAAGUGGUCCAAUAGUUUAGGAGCACCCUUACUACUAUUACACAUGUCUAGUACAGAACCAAAAUAAAACCUCGCCUUUGAAAGAUUA